AUGAUAAAUUCUUGAUUUUAUUACCAGACUUAUCCCAAACAAAGAAGCAUAUUGUGAAGGAAUGAUAAUAGAAAUUUAGUAAAGUCAUGUCUUAUGAAGCUAUUAGAAAGAGUAAAUGCCAUUCGAUUAGAGAAUUUUCCUCGUUUGACAUUUCAUAGCGGAUUUUUGGUCAAAAUUUGUGUUUCCUCAUGAGACAUAUGAUCGAAUCUAUGCAGUUUUUCCAAAAUAUAACAAGAAAAGAGCUCGAAGAAAUCCAUAAAAUGCCACACAAGGAAUAUUUUCCAAUCAGAUGAUAUUAACGGAUUAGAAAGAAUAUGCAUUAAAAUUAUUGCUAAUUUGUCAACAGAAUAUGGCAGCUGCUUUAAGUGUGAUAAGCAAAUAAUAAUCUUUGGUGUCCUAAACCUUCAAUACUCCAUAUUAUCAUAUAAGAACAAAUUAAGCUAA